AUGAAUCCUAAUUUGGCUUCUGUUUCUGAAAGAGAAGAAAGACUGAAAGAAAGGCUUAGAGAAGAAGAAAGCAAAAAAAAUAUUAAUGACUCUAAAUUCAGAGCUGUCGCACAGCAUAUGGACUAUGAAGGAUUCAGACAAAUGGUUUUAGGAGCCAACUUGAAGCCAAUUAAGGCAGGUGAGAUUUUCAGCAUGACAGGGCAGAAUCGAACAAGAUUUAACAAUUUAGGAACUACUGAUAAUAAAGAAGAGCGGAAAGAAGGAAAAAUCAGCUUUAUUAACAGAUGAAAAAGAUGCCGACAAGAUGCUGAAAAAUGGCAAUUAAUUCAAGAAAUCAAUAAAGAAGAGCUCUUACUCCCUCUCCUUGAGCGAACAAAAAACUUUUGUUCGAUCACGGAUGUGGGUUAUUUUUUUUGAAAUUUAAAAAAAUCUAAUUUCGUUAAAAAUUGGAAACAAAUAUAAUUUAAUUUGUAAAAUUUAAUGCCUGUGUUGUUUAAAAUUCAUCAAAAUUUAGCAAGAUAUUGCAUUAUAAUAAUUAUCAUUUAUAUAUCAAAAAUUUUUUCAGGUGGGAGUUAGAAGAAAUGAAUAAAUUUGUAGAUUUUGAAGUAUUUUCUGAAAUUCUUAGAGUCUUAUAUGAAGGAGUAGUCAGGCGAAACUUAGAAAUUUCCAAUGAAAAUGCUGAAGAAAUCUUAAGGGUGAUAAUCCAAAUAAAAGGCUUUGAAAACGCAAAAAAAAUCAUGACAAAGAGCGAAAAAGCAAAAAUUAGUGAAAUGCUUGAUUUUUUGAAUUUAAAUGAGAUUAAAAGUUUAUUUGGACUGCAAUAG